CCUCCCAGCUGACAGUCAGCCACCUGUAUCUUCUUCCAGCACACAACAGCACAACACUUUUUAUUCCCUUUGAAUGUCUUUUUUGUUUGAGCUCUCUCAGAUUCACUUGGAAGUCUGGAUAUGGUUUCUAGUGUCAUUCAAUCAGGCACCGCGUGAGCCAGAGCCAGCCGAGAGCUCGAGCGAAGAGUCGGUUAGUCCGAGCAGCAUCAGUGUCUGUCUGCGCGUGUCGGACUCUCUUUCACAAUGUCGGGCGUGACGCUACAGAGCAGCUGUCUGCGGGGUCUGGCUGAAGGUGACCUCAUGGACCCUGAGUUCCAGCAGCGUGUAGAGGAUGCCAUUGCCCUUCUCCGGCAGGAGAUCCAGCGGGAACUGAAAAUCAAAGAGGCGGCUGAGCGACUGCGACGGGCGGUGACCAACCGCAAGAAUGCUGCCGAUGUGGACGGUCAGCUUAGAGCCUCCAGCCGCAAACUCGAGCAGCUCCACUGGGAGCUCCAGGAGCUGAAUGCACGUUCUAUGGCCACACAGAAAGAGACUGUGUCAGAUGAUGCCACCUCUCCAGACCCUUGCCAUUGGGAAGAGGUCACGUCACCCUUGGGCAGCCGUGUCCGUACUUUGAAAAAACAGCUUACCAUGGAGCUCAAAGUAAAACAAGGAGCUGAGAACAUCAUCCAGACUUACGCCAACAGUUCUGUCAAGGAUCGGAAGAUGUUGUCCACUGCCCAGCAGAUGCUGCAGGAUAGCAAGACGAAAAUCGAGCUCCUUCGCAUGCAGAUUGUCAAAGUCACCCAGGCCAGAGAAGGAGAGCGGGAGACCACACAGCCAGAGGGUCGCCCAUCUGAAACUAUUAGUCCGCUUGAUUUGCGGGUGGAGGAGCUCAGGCACCAUCUGAAGAUUGAGGCAGCUGUGGCAGAAGGUGCCAAAAACGUGGUCAAGCAGCUUGGAGUACGCAAAGUGCAGGACCGACGUGCUCUAGCAGAGGCUCAGGCCCGUUUGCAGGAGUCCUCUCAGAAACUGGACCUUUUACGUUUGUCUCUGGAGCAGCGGCUUGGAGACCUUCCACAUGACCAUCCCAAACGAGCUGCCAUUAAAGAGGAGCUGACAGUGGGGUCCUCGCCUGUCGUUGGGUUGCAUAGAGAUCGCCUGCGCUCUUCGUCUUCAGCGUCCUCUUCACUCUUCAAACCAUCCAGCCUGACAGGGCGACUGGAGGUCAGGUUGAUGGGAUGUCAGGACCUGCUGGAGUCAGUUCCAGGCCGUUGUCGGGUAAGCAACAUGUCCUCUGCCCCUGGAAGUCCCUCUGAGUCCAAAUCACUAAGGAUGAGAACUGGUCUCUCCACCCGCAGCACCAACGGCAAGACCACCAAGACGGACGAGCUCUCAUCUGAGAUCAGUGCUGUAUUGAAGGUGGAUAACAAGAUAGUUGGUCGCACACAUUGGCGGCCGCUGAGUAAGGAGGCUUGGAAUCAGAGCUUUAGCAUUGAACUCGAACGGUCUCGGGAGCUGGAGAUUGCAGUGUACUGGCGAGACUGGAGGUCCCUGUGUGCCGUAAAGUUCCUGCGUUUAGAAGACUUCCUAGACAACCAGCGACACAGCAUGUGUCUUUAUCUAGAGCCACAGGGCACACUGUUCACGGAGGUGAGAUUCAUUAACCCUGUCAUUGAGCGGCAUCCUAAACUACAACGACAGAAACGGAUUUUCCCAAAAGAAAAAGGGAAAAAUUUCCUGCGGGCAGCGCAAAUGAAUAUGAACUUUGCCACUUGGGGGCGUCUGAUGAUGAGUGUGCUGCCCCCCUGCAACAGCACCAUCACCGCCCUGAGCCCUCCGCUGCCCGGCUCUGAACCCACGUCCCCUCCAUCUGUGUUCACGCCCCCUCCCUCUGGAGACUCAGCAGUUGUUAAACUGAAUUUCAGCGAGGAGCGUCCUGCCAAGCCCCCGCGCCUCCUCUUGGCAAAGAACCCUACAACUGACGAAUCACUUUCUGGGACUUCUACCAGAGUGAAUUCCUGUGAGGAUCGGCAAGUUCUCAAAGGCAGACCUGCAUCCCAGCCUACACCUCAGAGGAAAGAGGGGAUGCAGAUGGAGGACUUCAACUGCAUUUCUGUUUUAGGAAGAGGGCACUUUGGAAAGGUCCUGCUGGCUGAGUUCAAGAGAACUGGGAAACUAUAUGCCAUCAAAGCUCUGAAGAAAGGGGACGUUGUGACCCGGGAUGAAGUGGACAGUUUAAUGUGUGAAAAGAGGAUUUUUGAGACCAUCAAUGUGUCCCGUCAUCCUUUCUUGGUGAACCUAUAUGGGUGUUUCCAGACACCUGACCAUGUGUGCUUUGUGAUGGAAUAUUCACCUGGAGGAGACCUGAUGACCCACAUCCACAAUAACAUCUUCUCUGAACGGCAGGCUAGGUUUUAUUCUGCAUGUGUAUUACUGGGCCUGGAGUUUCUGCACCAAAACCGGAUUGUCUAUAGGGACCUAAAGCUGGACAAUCUGUUAAUGGAUUCUGAUGGCUUUGUGAGAAUUGCAGAUUUUGGACUUUGCAAAGAAGGUAUGGGACAUGGCGAUCGUACGUCAACCUUUUGUGGAACCCCAGAGUUCCUGGCCCCGGAGGUUUUGACGGACAGCACUUACACCCGCGCAGUGGACUGGUGGGGGUUGGGUGUGCUCAUCUAUGAGAUGCUAGUGGGAGAGUCUCCAUUCCCCGGUGAUGAUGAGGAGGAGGUGUUUGACAGCAUAGUGAACGAUGAAGUGCGCUACCCCAGGUUUUUGUCCCCUGAGUCGGUCUCUGUGGUCCAAAAGUUGUUGCAGAAGAACCCUGAAAAACGACUGGGAGCAGGAGACCAAGAUGCCAAUGAAGUGAAGAAACACAGGUUUUUCCAGGGCAUGGACUGGGAAGCCCUGUUGGCCAAAAGAGCCAAACCUCCGUUCCUGCCGUCCAUUAAAGCACCAGCAGACGUCAGUAACUUUGACGAGGAGUUCACGCGCCUGAAGCCAGUCCUGACCCCUCCGCAGACUCCGUUCUUCCUCACCGCCGAGCAGCAGGAGUUCUUUGCAGACUUUGACUUCUCUGCUUUGCACUGACUUCCACUCGAUUACACUCGGAAGGGGUUGUGACAUAUCAAAUCUUUGCUUUCUUUUCUCUCUGUCUUGUUUAUCCAAUUAUUCUCUCCCUUGAGUUAUGCAGUCGAAUCAAGUGA